GUCUAUGGAUCGUCCUCACUUGAGAAGUGACUGUGACGAUAAAGCACAGAGCAGACCUCUCUGUCAGAUCUCAGCUUCUUCCCUCGUAGAAUACACCGGUUUCACCUGGAGGAUUCAUCCCAGACAUGAGGCUCUGUGUCUGGGCUGCAGCGUGGUUUCUCCUGCCUGUCCUGGUUCUUUUGUUUGUCCUGAAUGUGAACGCAGUCAAGCAGGAACCCAAAGAGAGACGUUACUACAUCGCUGCUGUUGAGAUAGACUGGGACUACGGCGAUGGCACACACAGGUUCGGGCCCCUCCUAUAAGAAAGUGGUGUUUCGGGAGUAUGACGAAGGCUUCGGACAGGCUAAGACUCGUCCCUCCUGGCUGGGUCUGCUCGGACCCACACUGAGGGCCGUGGAGGGCGAGACGCUGGUGGUCACUUUCAGAAACCUGGCCACUGGACCGCACAGCAUCCACCCACACGGAGUCGCUUACGGAAAACAGUCAGAGGGAGCCAACUACUUUGACAACACGUCGCAGAAAGAGAAGGAGGACGAUGUCGUGCAGCCGAACUGUGAACACGUUUACUCCUGGGAGGUGACGUCAGAUGUUUCUCCACAGCCCAGAGACCCCACCUGUCUCACCCACACAUACAUCUCACACGUAGAUGUAGUGGAGGACUACAACUCAGGCCUCAUUGGUGCUCUGCUGAUCUGCAAGAAGGGCAGUCUGGAUGAGUCGGGGAAUCAGGUUGGCGUCCACCAUGAGUACGUGUUCCUCUUUGGUGUUUUUGAUGAAAGACAGAGUCAGUACGAACCCACCAGCCUUGCCGACCCUGUGAAAUACACCAUCAACGGAUACACAACAGGAUCACUACCUGAUGUGAGUGUGUGUGCCCAUGCCCCUGUGAGCCUGCACCUGGUGGGCAUGAGCUCAGAGCCGGAGGUCUUCUCAGUGCAUAUGAACGGGCAGGUGCUGCAGCAGAACGGCCAUAAAGUGUCUUCAGUGGGCCUGAUCAGCGGCUCCUCCGCCACAGCCAGCAUGGUGGCUCUCCACACGGGCCGCUGGAUGCUCUCCUCACACACCAUGAAGCACAUGGAGGCCGGCAUGCACGGUUUUGUGGAUGUGAAAAAGUGUGACGGCUUCAAUGAACCCUAUCGAAGGAUGACCAUAGAACAGAGACGACACAGCAGGGAGUGGACAUACUACAUAGCUGCAGAGGAAGUUGUCUGGGACUAUGCACCUGAUAUGCCAGAACACAUUGACGAGGACUUUAAGUUCCAGUACCUGAGACAGUCAUCGACACGCAUAGGAGGGAAGUACAAGAAGGCGGUGUACAUGCAGUACACGAAUGAGGUCUUCACUGAAAGGUUAGAGUCCAAGCAAAGGAGACAUGAGCUCGGGAUCUUGGGCCCAGUGAUCAAAGCGCAAAUCAGAGACCUCAUCACGAUUGUUUUUAAGAACAUGGCCUCCAGGCCCUACAGCAUCUAUCCUCAUGGACUGACCAUAGAGAAGUCCGAAGAGGGCGUCAACUACCCAGCAGGAGGCAACCAGUCUCACGGUGUUCAGCCAGGAGAGACACACACCUACAAAUGGAGAGUGGUCGACGAGGACGAGCCUUUCGACGGAGACUCUCGAUGUCUGACACGACUGUACCACAGUGCAGUGGACACACCGCGGGACAUCGCCUCAGGACUGAUCGGACAAAUCCUCAUCUGCAAGAGUCGCUCCCUCAAUAUCAGGGGUGUGCAGCUGAAAGCAGACAAGGAGCAGCACGCUAUACUGGCUGUAUUUGAUGAGAACAAGAGCUGGUACCUGGAUGACAAUAUUCGCCAAUAUUGUGAUCGAUCCAGAGUCAACAAGGCAGACCCGGAAUUUUAUAAGUCCAAUGUCAUGCACUCAAUUAAUGGUUACGUGUUUGAAAGCGGCCCAUUAUUGGGCUUCUGCUAUGGUGAGAUUGCAACAUGGCAUGUGUCCAGCGUUGGAGCACAGGACUACAUCCAGACAGCUACUUUCUACGGCCAUCCCUUCGACGCGAAUGGGCGGACAGAGGACUAUCUCAGCCUCUACCCUAUGACUGGAGAGACCAUCACGAUGGACAUGGACAACAUCGGUGUCUGGCUCAUGGCUUCCCUGAAUUCCCAUCAGACAACCAAAGGAAUGCGCGUUCAGUUUCAGGAUGUUGAGUGCUUUCGUGAAAACGAGUAUGACAUUGACAUUGACACUGACGAUCUAGGCGAGGUUAAAAAAUUUCUGGUGUGGAACCCUCUGAGCUUGGAAGAGAUCAAGAAACAGAAGGAGAAGAGGAUAGAAGAUGUAAAAGAAACGGAAAAUCAGCCAGACCUUUACACAGACUACCUUGCAACUGAAUUAGGUCUCAGGUCUCUGAAGAACCAAUCUAAUAAUUCAGAUGUAGAGAAGCUGGACCUCUCGUUCCUCGACUUUGAUGAUAUUGAUGUGCUCGAUGAAGACACGAAUGUCACCCUUAAUUUCAGAGAGACAAAGAAUAAAAGUGAGAUCUUUAUUCCAAAGCCAAAUGCAAUGAAUGAGACAUUAUUGUCAAACUGGAAACAGGUGGAUGGACUAAACCUGACAGCAGUUCAUUUGCUAAACCAAAGCAUCAGUGAGAAUACGACACAUAUGGAUAACAGCAGUACGCCAAUAACUUUUGGUAAUUCUUCUGUGUAUGAAACAGAAAACACAACUAUUUUUUAUAGCCCAAAUAUAUCACUGAAGAGCGACAACGGAACUAAAAACAGCAAUGCUUCUGUAGUUGCCUCAAAUCUUGAUAAUGUUACAGUGUCGGACACAAAGAACACAACAGUUAACAAUGCUACGGUAUUAUCAGCAGUUGGAAAUGUAUCCACGGAGAUUAUCAAUCUUACAGUACCAUUACAAGAAACUACCAAUCUUACGGUACCAUUACAAGAAACUACCAAUCUUACAGUACCAUUACAAGAAACUACCAAUCUUACCGUAACAUUACAAGAAACUACCAAUCUUACCGUAACAUUACAAGAAACUACCAAUCUUACCAUAACUUUAGAAGGAAGUUCAAUUUUGGAAACUGAAGUAAUGAAUGUAACCCUGACUGGUGAUAACCAGACUUCUGUGGCGGAGGACUCAGAGGAGAGGCUCACAAGAGGCGACGUGUUUUCCUACUCUGUGCCUCCAUCCAAUUCCAGCACCGACAAUCUCCCUGAUACACCAGAGGGCAACGCGACUUCUCUGUCAAGCAGCGCAAAAAAGGUGGAUGAGAAUAACACAGCAGAUAACCUUGUUAAUGUGUCGGCAGAUGGAACAAACCGUUCAUUGUCUAUUACAACGGCUGAUGUUGGAGAGGUUAACAUCAGUAGCAUAGACAGAAGCAACUUGACCAUGUUCAAGUCAGAGGUGGAGAGAACAGACAACAAAACUAGUGGCAAUGACUCUCUGAUCCCCGCAGCAGAGCUGGAGUACAUAACUCCAAUGAAUUCCUCCGAAAAUGGGACUCUUCCAGCCAAUUCCAGCCUUGAAAAUGUAACACGCGUUUUGCUCGAAAAUGGGCCCUUACAGAAUGUCACAGUGAAUAUAUCCAGAUCAGAUUCAUCAGAGGAGUUUAGUUCAGAGAAGAGGGAGAAUGUUACAGCUCUUCUUAAAGAGAACUCAUCUUCUGCAGAAAGUUUCUCCAAUAAGAGUAACCUGUCCCUUUCCAGCGAUGUAGUAAGAAAGAGCAAUUCUGCGGAGCUAAGUGUCUCAGAAAGUAGUGAAGAGAUACUUAUCUACCUUACAGAAAACAAUACUGAGGGGAUUAAAACCACCUCCGUCAAAACGCAGGGGCACAGCUGGACUUAUGAGGGAACUCACCAAAUGGAAGCUGUGGAUAUUCCUGACUACAUGAUGAAAUAUUUUGGGAUAGAAACCCCUCAAACAACGGCAACUACUAAAAAGAUCAGGAAGGUGAACCUCCGGCAGAGGCCCCAGAAGGGCCAAGGCAUGAAAACAAAGAAGAAGAAGGAAUACAAGCCUCAGGCCAGAACUGGCUUACCAUUCUCUCCUCGUGGAUUAAAUCCAGGCAUGAGUCCACGUGGGUCACGACCCCUUCCACAGCCUGUCUCUGAUGAGGAGGACCUCAUCAAUGAGCCUGUGGUCAUCGGCGUGCCUCGGGCCGAUUUCAGCGACUACGAGCUGUAUGUUCCCGGGGACGAACCAGAUCAUCUAGGGCUGGAUGAAAAUGUGGACGCAGAUGAAUAUGAGUAUGUGACCUACAAAGACCCCUACAGCAGUCAUGAAGAAAUGAAGAAUCUCAACCUGGAUGAGACCACCAAGUACUACUUAAAAUUAUCAGGCCCCAAAGUCAAGACUUAUUUCAUCGCUGCAGAGGAGGUUGAGUGGGACUAUAGUGGCUAUGGACAGAGGAGGCAAGACAAGUCGCAAAAUCUGAGAGAGACUAAGUUCACCAAGGUGGUUUUCAAAGGUUACAUGGACAGUAGUUUCAGCACACCAGACAUCCGUGGAGAGAUGGACGAGCAUCUAGGCAUCCUAGGACCUGUCAUCAAGGCGGAGGUUGGACAAAGCAUCAUGGUGGUGUUCAGGAACAAAGCCAGCCGUCCGUACUCCUUACACCCAAACGGGGUUUCCUAUACCAAGAAUGCAGAGGGUCUGUCCUACGAGGAUCGAUCUAAUUAUUGGCAUAAAUAUGACAAUGAGGUUCAACCCAAUACCACCUUCACGUAUAUAUGGAAGAUCAAUUCAAAGGUUGGGCCAAUGCCAAUGGAUUCUCACUGUCGGACCUGGGCCUACUAUUCAGGCGUUAAUCCUGAAAGGGAUAUCAACUCUGGCUUGAUUGGGCCAUUGCUCGUGUGUCGAGAGGGAACCCUGAACAAGACGUUACUAGACAUGAGAGAGUUCACGCUGCUUUUCAUGACCUUUGACGAGUCUCAGAGCUGGUACUACGAGAAGAACCACGAAAUGAUGCAGCGGAGAAGCCGAAGGAAAUUUAAGGAGCCCACCAACGAGAACUUCAAAUUCCAUUCCAUCAAUGGAAUAACAUUCAACCUGAAGGGCCUGAGGAUGUACACCAACCAGCUGGUGUGCUGGUACCUGAUCAACAUGGGUUCUCCCAAGGACUUUCAGACCGUCCACUUCCACGGACAGACGUUCCUGAACAAGAAGAUCAACAGCUACAGAGAAGCCACCUACCCUCUGCUGCCUGGAAGCUUUGCUACUCUGGAGAUGUUUCCAUCCAAACCUGGCCUGUGGCUGCUAGAGACGGAGAUCGGUUUCAACCAACAGAAGGGCAUGCAGACCCUCUUUCUGGUUCUAGAUAACGAGUGCUACCGACCGCUGGGUUUAGAAUCAGGCAGUGUGAAAGACGACCAGAUAACGGCCAUCAACACCAGAGGAUACUGGGAGCCCCAUCUUGCCAGAUUGAACAAUCCGGGUAAAUACAACGCAUGGAGCACAGAGCAGAACAACAGCUGGAUUCAGGUGGACUUCCAACGGCCAGUUGUGAUCAGCCAGGUGGCCACGCAGGGAGCCAAGCAGAUGUUCCAUGCCCAGUACGUGGUCAAGUACUCCAUCUCUUACAGCACCGACCGCCGGAAGUGGAUCUUCUAUAAGGGCGACAGCAAAGAGCUCAGGAAGAUAUUCACUGGGAACCAGGACUACCAUAAGGAAAAGAGAAACACCUUCUUUCCUCCGGUGGUUGGACGCUUCAUCCGGCUGCACCCCAUCGAGUGGUACAACACGGCCACUGUCCGCAUGGAGUUCUACGGCUGUGAGCUUGACGGAUGCUCCGUGCCUCUGGGGAUGGAGAGCAGAUGGAUCAAAGACCAUCACAUCACAGCCAGCUCUGUAGCUUCCAGCUGGUACUCUGGACCCUGGAAACCCUCUCUCGCACGUCUCAACAACCAAGGCCACAUCAAUGCAUGGCAGGCUAAGUAUAAUGACAUGAACCAAUGGCUUCAGGUGGAGCUGCCCCAAAUUAAGAAGAUCACAGGAAUCGUAACGCAAGGAGCCAAGUCUCUGGGGAAAGAGAUGUACGUCAUCUCCUACACUCUGCAGUACAGCAGCAAUGGGAUACACUGGACCCAUUACACAGACGAUGAGAGCAUCUCCUCUAAGACUUUUUUGGGAAAUACAAAUAACAACGACCACGUGAAGAACUACAUCUACCCUCCCAUUUUCUCCCGCUUCAUCCGAAUCAUACCCAGAAGCUGGAUGAACUCCCUCACCAUGAGAAUAGAGCUGCUGGGCUGUGAAUUUGAGUGACACACACACACAAAUCCAUAUGCUGACAGGUCAAGUCAAGUUCAACCACGCACAUGUACAUGCAAGUAAACACACGCGCAGUCUGAAAGUCGUGCACGUGUCUGGACGUCCACUCCCACACAUACGGUCCUGUAUGGAGGGUACUACCUACAUAAGUAUAUUAAAUCUCCUUGUGUGCAGAGCUGCCAAUGACUUCACACUGGAAGAAGUUAGACUACAUCGUAGCUGCCAUCAGGAGAAAUAUAGUUUGUUUAACUAAAGCUUCAAACUACUUUUACAUGUGACAUGAAAUUAUAACAAAAUGUUAAAUAAAUAAGUCACAUGGUAGCAAAAACACUCAAUUUAGUUUAUUUUAAAAAGUACAAACUUCAAAGGUUUAAAAAAUAAGUAACUCUACUAGAAAUAUAUUGCACCUUUGUAAACUGUGUAAAAAAGUGCUCGUCAGUUUGACUUGUACUAUAUUAACAACUUGCACGUCUUUAGACGGUGAACAGCUCGAACACUGGUCUAAACAACAGGCUAUCUUUUUACUUACUACCUUUUUUUUCCUUUGUAUUUUCAGUAGUUAACUACACAAAAAAUGUCCAGAAGCUGAAUCCCUAUGCAGAUAUAAAUGUAGUUAAAUGAUAUUUUAAUUCCCAACACUGCAAACACAUACACACAGUUACUACAUGGGCCUUGUGUUAAACUCCUAUGUGCAAAGUGUUUUAGUUUAGUAACUCCUUGCUGAGCGCAGUCUGUAGAAGUAAUCUUAACUCUUUUGUCAAUAGUCUGUUUGCUUGUAUAAUACUAGUUGCAUUCAGCAGAUAUAUGGCACUGUGUCUAUCACAAAUAACUAUAAAUGAAUGUAAAUAUGUAAGUAGAGAUCAUGUAAUUUAUUUUUCAAUAAAUAUGAUUC